UCGCUGCUAGGAAAAAGAUGCCGCAGCCAAAAUCUCGAAAAAUUGCUGUCCUAGGAUACAGAUCUGUGGGGAAAUCCUCCUUGACAAUACAGUUUGUGGAAGGCCAGUUCGUCGACUCCUAUGACCCAACUAUAGAAAACACAUUUACAAAAAUGAUCACAGUCAACGGCCAGGAGUACCAUCUCCAGCUGGUGGACACGGCGGGCCAGGAUGAAUACUCAAUUUUCCCAGAGACAUACUCCAUAGACAUCAAUGGUUACAUUUUGGUGUACUCAGUCACAUCAAAUAAAAGUUUUGAAGUAGUAAAAGUUAUCCAUGAAAAACUGUUGGAUAUGGUUGGUAAAGUACAAGUACCUAUAAUGUUGGUCGGAAAUAAGAAAGAUCUUCACAUGGAACGCGUUAUCAGUUGUGAAGAAGGCAAAGCCCUGGCGGAGUCGUGGAACGCCGCGUUCAUGGAGUCUUCGGCAAAAGAGAACCAGACUGCAGUAGAGGUGUUCAAAAGGAUAAUCCUGGAAGCGGAGAAAAUGGACGGAGGUGCCCCCCAGGGACGAACACCCUGCUCACUGAUGUAG